AUGGCUAGAAUCGAAAAUCCUUCAUGGUUUACCACAAAACAAAUCGAGCCACAUUUAUUCUUAACUACUGAAAAUCACUUUUUUGAAGGCAACCGAUCAAAUAUUUGGCUCAUACGUGGAGUAGCGCGUGAUCUAAUUAUUGACUGUGGUUUAGGUGUCUGUAAUUUAAAAAAACAUUUGGAAAAUCUUCAGUUACUCAGCAAAGACCGCGAGUGUAUUGUUCUAUGUACACAUUCACACUUUGACCACAGUGGAGGAGCAAAUCAUUUCGAAAAUGAAAGCAAAGUUUUGAUUCAUCAAUAUGAUUAUGAUGGACUGAGAAACGGUCGACAAGUGGAAACCUUGAACUAUGUAAAGCCAACGCAUUUUUCUCAACAGCCUUAUCAACACUUUUCCACAUGGCAAUACGAGGUUCCAUCAACGAAAUGCGAACCAAUAUUGGAUGGUCAUCGAAUUGAUUUGGGUGCUGGUGACGAAGUAACCGUGUUACAUGUACCUGGCCAUACUCGAGGAAGUAUCGUCUGUUAUUAUCCAAAAGAGAAAUCAUUGUUCACCGGUGAUUUUGUGUAUGACUGUGGCCAUGGUGGAAAUUUAUUUGAUUGGUUGCCAACGUCGUCUGUUCAAGAGUAUUUAAGAAGUGCAAAUCGUAUGCUCGACUGGUUGCAAGAGCACGACAUUGAUAAAAUAU